AGUUCUGUUUGUUCUCAGUUGAUUUAAUUAUGUAUUAAGCCUGUCUUGCAUUGAGUCUCCAUUCAAAUAUAUUAGUCCAUGAGAAGAUAGAUUCUUCAGUUUGUUCUCAUCAUUAUUCCAUCAUCUGAAACAUAGUAAUGGGCUAAUGGCUCAGACUAAGGUCAGCCGGAGGGGAUGCUUUUUCAAGAUAAAUUUUGUCAUUAAGCUAAGUGCAAGUUUCGCGAAUAUUUCUCAAAGUGAAUUGUGUCGCACUAAUCGGUCGUAUUGAUUUAGUUCUGAAGAAGUUAGCACAAUUUUACAUGCUUAGCACGGCUAAGUGUUUGAAUUAUAGUCACUAAUUUGGUUAUGUAUGUGAUCACCCAGAUUAUCUAUGAGAAAAGAGAAAAACUGCAGACUGCAGAGAUUUUGGCUAAUUCAUUUCUUUCUCCAAGUUACACUACUUGGGCCCCAAAAGAAGCCCAAUCUUUUGGUCAUGUCCAGCCCAACCACGUUGUUAUUAAGUUGAAGGUUAUGAAUAAUCACUCAGAUCAACUUCUUUCCUUUCGGCUUUCUCUUGCGGGAAGUCCGUUUUCCAUCGCUUCAUCUGUCUUGUGUCUUCCAUUCCAGUCUCCCUCUCGGACCGCCGUGUUCACGACUACCGGAGAAAACCCAGAUUCGAUUUUGGAGUUUCGAACAUCUUCAAUCUUCGUUUACUUUUCUUCGCAAUCGUCUCCAGCAUAGCCGCCUCCUGAGAUAGUUUCGCAUUCGUCCCUGCCAAUUGGGUUCGUUCGCCUUCCUGCUUCAAGGUAUGCUAAGAUUUCGUAGCUUCUCGCCGCUUCUUCUUUCGAUUUUGAUAUCUUCGCGGUCGUUUCCCGCGGAUAGGUCAGAACUUUUCUCGGUAGUUUUAUGUAGUUCUGCAGUUUAUUGUUGCUAUUAGGAAUUAGCAAAGUAAAACCUAGAAAUUUAGCUCGCCUUUGGUGGUCCUCUUCUUGUUCUUAUGAUUGACCUGCGAUGAUAAGCUGGUAAUAGGGGGUUCUUAGUUCACUUCGUUGUUUUUGGCUUGGGGUAUGCGGAUGGUGGAAAUUGCCUCAGCUCCAGUUGGUCAGUUAGGUAGAUUAUUAUGAACUGUUCAUAUGAUGAGUGAUUUCAGUUGGGAACUUGGUUCAUUAUUUGGUAUCAGAAAUUUUCUAGUGUUAUGAGCUUCAUCGCGUAUGUAGUUAAGGAUGCCUGCUGAUUGUCUGAGUUGUUUCUCCAUUUUGAGAAGUUGAUACUUGAUAGUUGGAACGUUUUGCAAUGAAAUUGAAUCAAGAGACUGUCGAUUGAGUAAGCCGUCAUCCCACUUAUGUUUCCAUAGCCCAUAGGUGUAGCAUAGAUGAUGUAGGAGUCAUCAGUUUGGUUGCUUAUGUUCCCUGUUCAUACGGGAAAAAACAUGUACUUUUGAGAUGUGAAAUAAUUUUAGUACAUAGUUGAUUGGUCUGUAUUUUCUCUGUUCUUUAGUGUUGAGUAAAUGGAAUGGUUAAUGCUACCCUUUCUUAUGCAGAACGCAGAGAUGCCAAAGGUGAAGACAAAUCGAGUCAAGUACCCAGAGGGCUGGGAAUUGAUCGAGCCUACUCUUCGCGAGUUGCAGGCGAAGAUGAGAGAAGCUGAGAACGAGUCACAUGAUGGCAAGAGGAAAUGUGAGGCACUGUGGCCUAUUUUCAAAAUAGCGCAUCAAAAGAGCCGAUAUAUUUUCGACCUUUAUCAUCGGAGGAAGGAAAUAUCCAAGGAAUUGUAUGAGUUCUGUAUGGAUCAGGGUUAUGCAGACCGUAAUCUCAUUGCAAAGUGGAAGAAGCCUGGUUAUGAGCGCUUGUGCUGCCUGAGAUGCAUGCAACCAAGGGAUCAUAACUUUGCCACUACAUGUGUUUGUCGAGUUCCCAAGAACCUGCGGGAGGAAGAGGUCAUAGAAUGCGUCCAUUGCGGCUGCAGGGGAUGUGCAAGUGGAGAUUGAUGAAGGCUUCUUACUGUUAGACGCUGGAAGGUACUGGCCUGCCCCAGUUAGUCGUCCAGAAACGAUACAAGCUUGUCUAGCAGAAGCUGAUUGUUGUAAACUAACAGAAUUCCUUGAAUUAGAACUUGUUUCUUCUUCAGUACGUAUGUGAACGAUCAGAUUGCAGGCUGCAAGCUGCAGAGUGUAGAACUUUUUUAUUCUCUCUUUUCCCCCCUCCGUGUUUGCUUUUCCAAGAGAAGAUACUUGGACUGUGUCCUGGAUUUGGUUUGAAGAGUGGCUUAUUUUGGGCUUUCAGGCCAUGACUUUUGGGCUUCCAGUUUUCUCUGUUGACUUCCAUGGAUCCAGAUUUCGUCAACUGUGUAUGUAGGGAAGUAGUAGCUAUAGCUGUUUUGGUUUUGAUAUAGCCAGCAAUGGCAUAGUGUAUAUAGUGUAAUAGUUUUUUCGACAGAACUUGAUCAUGGUUAGAUCAAGUUGGAGGAUAACACAAACAAUUACCGAAAAAACUAUCGACACUAUCAUACACAAAUUAUGACAAGUUUUUGUAUGGGUUUCCGACUGCUAUGUUCGAAGUAAUGCGGCGUUCAUGAUUGGAACGAGAAAUUGAAUAUUCUUGACUGAUUAAUGCAAUAUAGAUACUAGUACAUAAUGCAAUAUAGAUUUGCAGCUUAUUUGACCAGCAUUUGAGCAUCAAUUCAUAUAAUUGUAAUUGUCUUAAAAUGAGUCAAUUUGAUGUUUCUCCUACAAAAUUGUUUCGAUCAAAUUUUAUACUGUCAAAUGGAUCAGUAUGAAACAAUUGUAUCGAAACUAAAGGAGUAUAUUAAGU